AUGUCUAGCCAGAAAGAGUCACGUAGCCAGGCUACUGGACACUUUCCAACAUCGUGUUCUGGAAGUGGUGCGCCGAUUCAAGUCGUCUGGUCGGCCAAAGGAUGGUGCAGAGGAGACAAAGGAGAAAACAGAACUGGCGGAAGUGGAUCAGAAAGUGGCGGGGCUGGUACGAGUGCAAUUGCUGGCAAUGCCUACAAAGGGAAAGGAAAGCCGGGUAUUAAUAGCAGGUCUGUUGGAAGCAUUCAGUCCUCACGACUUUCGCACACUCUCGAGACAGAGACCAUGGCGGCUUUACCCUCAUCCACUCUUAAUGAGCAAUCGGUAAAAAUGGAAAUGUCCGAUUUGAUUGUUCCACAUCGCAAUGCUCUGGAGGCCAGCAACAGUCUGGACUUUCAAUCAAAGUGA